UUUUCUUAAAGCUUUUUAAUUUAUCUAUGAUAAUUAAUGGGUAAGAAUAAUUAUAAGAAUUCACUUAAAGUUCUUGAAGCUGAUAUUCAACAUGCCAAUACUCUGGCAUUAAAUACUAUUAAGGAUGAUAAUGGAGCAUGUAUUCAAAUGAGGCUGUAUUUUAGUCCAGCUGCAGAUCUUUUUUCCUAUCUUUUUCCAUGGGCAAAUUGCAAAUUUGCCGGAGCACUUGGUUUGGUUCGUGUUUUCAUCUAUACGAUAUAUGCUGACGGCAAAACUACUUUGAAAAUUAAUGAAAGAAAUGCAAGCAUCAGGCAGUUUUAUGGUUUUAUGUUUCCCUCGAUAAUGCAACUGCAAACCGGGAUUACUGAUUUGGACGAUAGGAAACAGAAGGAGAUAUGUUUGGCAAGGUACUCAAAAAAGAACGGAUUGGAGAAUGAGAAGCCCUCUGAUGCUGAUGUGGAAAGAGAAAGGGAAUGCGGGAUUUGCAUGGAAGCAAAUAGCAAAGUGGUGUUGCCCAGGUGCAGUCAUUCACUAUGCUUAAAGUGCUAUCGUGAUUGGCAUGGCCGAUCGCAGUCAUGCCCUUUUUGUAGGGAAACCCUGAAAGGAGUGAAGUUAACUGAUCUCUGGGACUGUGUUGAAGCUACUGAUAUCAUCGAUCUAGCCUUGAUCUUUCAGGAAAACUCAAAGAGGUUAUUUAUGUACAUAGAAAAAUUACCUCUUGCCCCAAAUCCAGUUUAGUCUUAGAGGCGUACAUAAUUUUAUAUCUGCAAAGUUUGGAGCUGUAAAUCCUGUUGGCUUUAGCCUGAAUUCCCCCGUUUUAAUUCAAGUUAUAAUGAAGCUCUACGGGAUUUUGAUUUUCA